AUGGCGGGGAUCCUGCUGCUGCUGGUCGCCUCUGUCCUCGUCAGCCCGGCUUGUGCAAACCCAGCAGCUGAGGAGAGUUUGGCGGGGAGUCCAGGAGCCCCGGAGCCGGAGCUGGAGCCGGAGAGCGGGAGGGUGGGCUUGGAGGACCUGGAGAAAAGCGGGCUGCAGCUGGAGGAACCCGGCACAGAGCAGCACCAGGAAUCCUACAGCACCUUCGCCGCGGAAUUCUUCGAGACCCGGUACUGGGGGGAUGAAGGUUACGCUUUCCCAUCCCCUCCUCCAGUGGAUCCUUUUGCAAAAAUUCGGGUGGAUGACUGUGGAAAAACUAAAGGCUGUUUUAGGUAUGGGAAACCUGGCUGUGAUGCAGACACAUGUGAUUAUUUCCUCAGUUACCGCAGGAUAGGUGCUGAUGUGGAAUUUGAGCUAAGCGCUGACACUGAUGGUUGGGUUGCAGUUGGAUUUUCAUCAGACAAACUAAUGGGAGGUGAUGAUGUCAUGGCCUGUGUGCAUGAUGACAAUGGCAGAGUUCGAAUCCAGCACUUUUACAAUGUUGGACAGUGGGCCAAAGAGAUAAAAAGAAAUCCAGCUAGGGACGAAGAAGGCAUUUUUGAGAACAACCGAGUGACCUGCCGAUUUAAACGACCAGUCUAUGUCCCUAGAGAUGAAACCAUUAUUGAUCUUCAUUUGAGCUGGUACUACUUAUUUGCAUGGGGUCCUGCCAUACAAGGUUCAAUCACCCGACAUGACAUUGAUUCUCCACCAGUAUCUGAAGAUGUUGUCAGCAUCUACAAGUAUGAAGAUUUAUUUAUGCCAUCUGCAGCUUACCAAACCUUCUCCUCUCCUUUCUGCCUGCUUUUAAUUGUUGCUCUGACAUUCUACAUACUAAUGGGGACUCCAUAA